AUGAAACUAUUUCUAUUAUUUUUCUUAUUAAAGUACUCAGAUUUUGCUUCUUUACCAGUUGUUGAUGCAAAUGCAAAAUGUUCUUAAAAUGAUCUUUAUAUUUUCAGAAAAGAAUCCAUUAUUAGGGGGAAAUACAGAGAUGUAGCAUCUUAAUUUAAUGGAGCACUUAUUCCCUAAGCAAGAGCCAUUCUUUUUCAUGUAACUAAUAUUGACAAUAGUCCUUUAAGAAACUCGCUCUACCCACGCUAUAUUGCUGAUUUGGGACAUGUUAAUGUAUAUCUUCGAGAAUCGGUAAUAGUGCGAUUUUUAUAAAUAAAUUAAAUCAAUCAUGUAAGAUUUUGGAUGUGGGAUACUGAUGAUAGAUAAACAGAAAAGCAAGUAUUUGUAAUAACAGCUGAUCUAAUUGAAAAAGUCAUUUUUGAUGGUAUUUCCAAAUCUACUUUAUAUGUUUUAAAAUUUUCUGAUUAAUUGGCUUCUGGAUUGAAAUUUUACAACAAAGGAGGAAAUAAUCUAGACCAUACUUACAUGACCAUCCUAAAACUAUAAGCCUUCUAAGCCUUUUGA